GUGCGCCCUCAGGGUGAUUGUAAACAUGGACGCGCGCAUGAAAGGUGUUUGUACAAUCCUAUUAGUGUAUUUGGUUGCUGUUUUUGAAGUAAUUCGGCAGUUUUUCACACCUCAUCGAUGUGCAAGAGGUCUUGAAAAUCAAAGUGGCCGCAUUGCAAUAGUUACUGGUGGGGCUGCUGGUAUUGGAUUUGAAACUACAAAAAAGUUGUGUUUAAGUGGAAUGCAAGUUUUUAUAGCUUCCAGGUGUGAAAAGGAAGCAACGCAUGCAAUUAACAGAAUACGCCUGGAGCACAAGAAUGCCAUCGUUGAGUGGAUUCAUUUGGAUUUAGCCUCUUUGCAGUCUGUGCGUAGGUGUGCAGCAUUGUACAAAUCAUACAACCUUCCUCUUCAUGUUUUGGUAAAUAAUGCAUGACCCCAGUGAUAUCGGUGGCGUAGCGGAGAAAGAAUUAUUGGGUAUCUGUUCUCUAGGGGUGUGUUUGGGCGAGAACGGGAGAAAGGAAUUGUGUUGAGCCCUCCAGUAGUAGGCAGUGGCAUAUCUAGGUGUAUUGAAUUGGGGCUGAUGGGGGAAAGUGAAGGUCAUUGUAGGGGGCCUCGAUGAUUAUGUGAGGGGUGCUAACUCGCAAAAGAAGCAGGAGUGAUGAUUCCACCAUUUUCAGAAACUGAAGACGGCUUUGAACUCCAAUUUCAGGUCAACUAUCUGGGUCACUUUCUACUAUCGUUACUGUUAUUAGAUCUGUUGGUUGAUUCAGGCGAGGUGAGCAAAUUCUCACGAAUAGUAAACAUAUCUUCUGUUGUUCAUGUUUGUGGAGAUCUUCAAGCAGACAAUUUAAUUAACAGGCAAGUUUAUUGUGCAUAUUCAAGCUAUGCCGUUAGCAAGUUAGCCAUUAUUCUAUCAACAUAUAAACUUCAUCAGAAAUUGGUGGCAAGAGGAAGUCAUGUUACUGUUAACUGUGUCCACCCUGGUGUUGUAAAUACACUGCUGUACCAGCAUAGUCAUUGGGCGUUGCAACCGUUCAGGAAGCUUCUUGCAAUGUUACGAUUCUUAAAGACACCAACGCAAGGAAGUGACACACCAGUAUAUGUAGCACUGUCAACAGAAAUUGAGGGUGUGGGAGGGCUGUAUUUUGACAAUUGUGUGGCAAAGAGAUCCAGUACCAAAUCACAUGAUGAGUGUCUUCAGUGUACCCUCUGGGAUUGUAGUCUUGAACUGGCAUCUAUUAAAGAGAAGUUUUAAUUUAUUGAUCUUCAAGUCAAGAGUUGCAACCAAAUGGUCAAUUUUGACUUGACCCCAAUAUCGACUGAUCAAAGUACAUUGAUUUGUCUUGUUAAUUGUGAUGAGGUAUCUGCAAGGAUAACAGAAUGAUGUAACUGAAUUAGGCCUUCAUAAUUGGUUAUUUUUAUAGUAAAUUAUUUAUAAAUGGACAAUUAUUAUUGAUCAAGUUAUUACUUUACCCUGAUAUCGGCUGAUCAAAUGUUAUAAUUUAAUAUGUUUAUGAUGAUCAGGUUCCUAAAAGUGCAAAAUAAAGAUAUGACACUGAAUUGGAAAUUAAAUGAGUGAUUAUUAACAGUAGGUUGUUAUGAAUUGUCGAUCAAAUAAUAUAUUUCGGAAGUCAAAUUCUCUGUACCUCAAAGUGCAUACAAAACCUGGCCGGGGUCCACUGUUCAUAAGGUCUGCUAGUUAUAAAUACAAUUGUUUAUAAGGUUCACUAUUCAUAAUUUUUUUUAAAGUCCACUAUUCAUAAAGCUCAUUAUUUAUAAGGUUUGCUAAUUAUAAUAGAAUAACAGGUUCGCUAGUCGUAAUAAAGGGUUCAUUACUCAUAA